CGCCGACCCUGCCUGGCUCUGUCCGUGCGCCCCGCGUGCGCUGCUAGCUCGCCGGCUCCCUCGCCGUUGUCCCCCGGGACGAACCUGGGGGUCGCCGCGCUCUCGCGAGAAGUGCGCCGCCGCAGGGCAGGGGGUGUCCGAACCCGCUCGGGCCGCCGGGGGCGGAAGACGAUGGGGUGGUGCGCGGUGAAGCCCCAGCUGCUGCUCUUGGCGCUCGUCCUGCGCCCCUGGGGCCUUUGCUUGGGCGAGGACGCGGAGAAGCCCGCCGGCUUCCCCACAGAUAAAUUAUUAGUCAUAACUGUAGCUACAAAAGAAAGUGAUGGAUAUUACCGAUUUAUGCAGUCAGCCAAAUACUUCAAUUACACUGUAAAGGUUCUUGGUCAAGGAGAAGAGUGGAGAGGUGGUGAUGGUCUUAAUAGUAUUGGAGGGGGCCAAAAAGUAAGAUUAAUGAAAGAAGUCAUGGAACAUUAUGCCAACCAGGAAGAUAUGGUUAUCUUGUUUACUGAAUGCUUUGAUGUUAUAUUUGCUGGUGGUCCAGAAGAAGUUCUAAAGAAGUUCCAAAAGACAAACCACAAAGUAGUCUUUGCAGCAGAUGGAAUUCUGUGGCCAGAUAAAAGACUGGCAGACAAGUAUCCCAUUGUGCACAUUGGGAAACGCUACCUGAAUUCAGGAGGAUUUAUUGGCUAUGCGCCGUAUAUCAACCGUAUAGUUCAACAAUGGAAUCUCCAGGAUAAUGAUGAUGAUCAACUAUUUUAUACUAAAAUUUACAUUGAUCCACUACAAAGACAAGCUUUAAACAUCACAUUGGAUCACAAAUGCAAAAUUUUCCAGGCCUUAAAUGGAGCUACUGAUGAAGUUGUUUUAAAAUUUGAAAAUGGCAAAACCAGAGCUAAGAAUACAUUUUAUGAAACAUUACCAGUGGCAAUUAAUGGAAAUGGACCCACCAAGAUUCUCCUGAAUUAUUUUGGAAACUAUGUACCUAAUUCAUGGACACAGGAUAAUGGCUGUGCUCUUUGUGAAUUUGAUACAAUUGACUUGUCUGCGGUAGAUGUCUAUCCAAAUGUAACAAUAGGUGUUUUUAUUGAGCAACCAACCCCUUUCCUACCUCGAUUUCUGGACAUACUGCUGGCACUGGAUUACCCAAAAGAAGCACUUAAGCUCUUCAUUCAUAACAAAGAAGUUUAUCAUGAAAAAGACAUCAAGGUGUUUUUUGAUAAAGCUAAACAUGAGAUCAGUACUAUAAAAAUAGUUGGACCAGAAGAAAAUCUAAGCCAAGCUGAAGCCAGAAACAUGGGAAUGGACUUUUGCCGUCAGGAUGAAAAGUGUGAUUAUUAUUUUAGUCUGGAUGCAGAUGUUGUUUUGACAAACUCAAGAACUUUAAAAAUUUUGAUUGAACAAAACAGAAAGAUCAUUGCUCCUCUUGUAACUCGUCAUGGAAAGCUGUGGUCCAAUUUCUGGGGAGCACUGAGUCCUGAUGGAUAUUAUGCUCGAUCUGAAGAUUAUGUGGAUAUUGUUCAAGGGAAUAGAGUAGGCAUAUGGAAUGUCCCAUACAUAGCUAAUGUGUAUUUAAUUAAAGGAAAAAUGCUCCGUUCAGAGAUGAAUGAGAGGAACUAUUUUGUUCGUGACAAAUUGGAUCCUGAUAUGGCUCUUUGCCGAAAUGCUAGAGAAAUGACUUUACAAAGGGAAAAAGACUCCCCCACUCCGGAAACAUUCCAAAUGCUCAUCCCCCCAAAGGGUGUGUUUAUGUACAUUUCUAAUAGACAUGAAUUUGGACGACUAUUAUCAACUGCUAAUUACAAUACGUCUCAUUAUAACAAUGACCUCUGGCAGAUAUUUGAAAACCCUGUGGACUGGAAGGAAAAGUACAUAAACCGUGAUUAUUCAAAGAUUUUCACUGAAAAUAUAGUUGAGCAGCCCUGUCCAGAUGUCUUUUGGUUUCCUAUAUUUUCUGAAAAAGCCUGUGAUGAACUGGUGGAAGAAAUGGAGCAUUAUGGCCAAUGGUCUGGGGGAAAACAUCAUGACAGCCGUAUAUCCGGUGGUUAUGAAAAUGUCCCAACUGAUGAUAUCCACAUGAAGCAAAUUGAUCUGGAGAAUGUAUGGCUUCAUUUUAUACGGGAGUUUAUUGCACCGGUUACGCUGAAGGUCUUUGCAGGCUACUAUACAAAGGGGUUUGCAUUGUUGAAUUUUGUAGUAAAGUACUCUCCUGAGAGGCAAAGGUCACUUCGUCCUCAUCACGAUGCUUCCACAUUUACCAUCAACAUUGCCCUCAACAAUGUGGGAGAAGAUUUUCAGGGAGGUGGAUGUAAAUUUCUAAGGUACAAUUGCUCUAUUGAGUCGCCAAGAAAAGGCUGGAGCUUCAUGCAUCCUGGGAGACUUACACAUUUGCAUGAAGGACUUCCUGUUAAAAAUGGAACAAGAUACAUUGCAGUGUCAUUUAUAGAUCCCUAAGUUAUUAACUUUUCAUUGAAUUGAAUUUUCUUUUGGAAUGGAUGACUGACAUGAGCAUGUCUUUGAAGUUGUGCUCAAGAAGAUGAGAGGAAUAUUUAAAUAACUUCAACAGAACAGAACAACUUAACUUUGGACCAAACUUUUGAAAACUUUUUAUAAAAAAUUGUUUGAUGUUUCUUAAUGUGUGCUCUGAGCCUUAAAACAGUUUGAAGAAGAAAAGAAAGAAAAAAGUACAAGAAAAUAUUUAUUUCUAUGCUUUACUGUCUCUAAGAAUAGUGAUAGUUUUCUGAGUUUGUGUUUCAAAUUGAUAAAAUAUUCAGGUACAAAUAUACAAGUAAUUAGCCUAAUAAUAUUUUCUUAUUUAAGAAAACCUGAGAAGAAUUUUAUUUAUCAGCAUAUAAGGUAAAUGUAGAAAGAUGGAUAUAAAUGAAAACUGGCAAGUUUUAAAUGCUUGGAAAUCUGAUUCUAACUGAAUUUGUAUGUAAUUAUGUCACUACCACCUAUGCAGUCCCUUUUGUAGUAGUUACUAAGGGAACAUAAAGAAAAGAUUAUAUUAUGCAAUAUUUUUCCCCAAGAAAUGUAGUAUAAAUACGAUCAAGGAUCUAUAUCAUUGGAAGCAUUUUUGGCUAGAGUGUUAGAUGAUUUUUUUGUUUGUCGUAGAUAGUAAACAUUAUGUUCCUUCAGAUGAACCUUUCAAAGUGAAUUACACUAAGUUAUAUUACAUGUAGGAAAGCUUACCAUCCUUUUUUGUUUUCCAGUGCAAGUGUCCUUAAGUCAAAACAGGGUUUUUGUUUCUUUGAUU